GAGGCAAACAGAUUUCCAGCAAAUUUCCAGCAGUUUGAAGUUGGAGACCAUUCGAGCAGAUCAUUCUCCGCUGUUUUUUGUUUUCUUUCUGCGGUUCGUUAAAUAAUUUUUGCUGCCCAAAAAUGUCUAAAGCCGCGGGUCGUUUGAAAACUAUGAAGAAAACCUUCGACAAAAUCAACCACACGAGCAAACUCCGAACCAACAUACCGGCCGGGAUGGCGGUCGCCGGUCCUCCUCUAGGCCCUAUGUUGGGACAGCGGGGCAUAAACAUCGCGACUUUCUGCAAGGAUUUCAACGAACGAACAAAGGACAUAAAGGAGGGCAUUCCACUUCCGUGCCGAGUGGCCGUCACAUCCGACCGUGCGUACGAAUUGGCCAUUCACUCUCCUCCGGCAACGUUUUUACUGAAACAAGCGGCCGGCAUCCAGCGGGGAGCGAUGAGUCCUGGCAAAGAGGUGGCCGGCAAGAUUACGCGGAAACAUUUGUAUGAAAUAGCACAAAUCAAACUGCAAGAUCCACCCAACGCUCUGCUGUCCUUAGAGCAUAUGUGCAAAGCAUUGGUAGGAGUGGCCCGUACCUGCGGUAUCGAAAUAGUGAACGAGCUCGACCCAGCGGAGUACCAACAGUUCCUCGACGAUCGGAAACAGAUUGUAGAAGAACAACGCAAGGAGUUACAAGAAAAACGAGAAGCACGUAUGCUGCGCGUUGGUUAG